AUGGGGAUAUAUUCAUUUUGGAUCUUUGACAGGCAUUGUAACUGUAUAUUCGAUAGAGAGUGGACAUUGACGUCCAAUAGUGCAAGCGGUACAAUAAAUUCCAAGCAAACUGAGGAAGAUGCAAAACUGCUAUAUGGUAUGAUAUUUUCGUUACGCUCCAUCACACAAAAACUUUCUAAGGGCUCUAUCAAGAAUGAUAUACGGAGUAUAUCCACAGGAAAGUAUAGGGUUCACACAUAUUGUACUGCUUCAGGACUAUGGUUUGUGUUAUUAUCCGACUUUAAGCAGCAAUCUUAUACUCAGGUACUACAGUACAUAUACAGUCAUAUUUAUGUCAAAUAUGUGAGCAACAACAUAUUAUCACCCUAUGAUUUUGCUGAAAAUGAAAGUGAAAUGAGAGGCCAAGGGACAAGAAAGAUCACCAACAGAAACUUCAUAUCUGUCCUUGAGUCCUUUUUAGCACCGAUGGUCAAUCAAUGA